AUGAAUAAAAAACCACCUGUUUAUCAAAUAAAGUCUGCAGGUUGUAAACAAUAUGUAGUUGAUAUAGGAGAAGAUAAUGAAUUAAUAAUCUCAAGUAUGAGAAGGAAAAGUCAACUAUUUUUAUUAAUAGAUGGUAGAAUAAUUAAUAGUCAAACCGGAAAAGUACUGUCUGUUCACAAUGAUGGGAGUGGAAGAUUAGAAAUUGUACAAAAGGAAAAGGCACUAACAGAAGAUGAACUUUGGAUUGUAGAAGAAAAUAAUAGAGAAGGUAGUAUAAUUUACAAUAAAAAAUAUUCAAAUAGAUGUAUUACUGUUGAAGAAGGUGUAUAUUGUGAUGACUCUUCACUUAUAUUAGAACCUUAUGAUGGAAGUAAGAAUCAAAGGUUUUGGUUUCAUUGUAAAAAACGUAAAAACUAA